AUGAAUUCAGGAGAUGGAGGAGGAGAAGCGGGCCCGGACGGCCUGGCGACGGCAGGUUCUGGUAAAGCAGAGUGCGUCCGAGCAGUCGACGUCCUCACGGUGCUCCGGGAGAAGGUGGCCUUCGUGUCGGGUGGGCGGGACAAGCGUGGCGGACCAACACUGACCUUCCCUGCAAGGACCAAUCACGAUCGAAUAAAACAGGAAGAUCUCAGUCGAUUGGUCACCUACCUGGCAACCGUACCCAGUGAGGACGUGCGUGCUCGGGGCUUCACGGUGGUGGUGGACAUGCGUGGCAGUAAGUGGGACAGCGUGAAGCCGGUUCUCCGGACGCUGCAGGAGUCCUUCUCCUCCAACAUCCACACAGCGCUGCUCAUCAAACCAGACACCUUCUGGCAGAAGCACAAGACCAACCUGGGCAGCGCCAAGCUCAGCUUCGAGACCAGCCUGGUGUCGGUGGAGGGCCUAUCCCGGCUCGUUGACCCCUCCCAGCUGACCUCUGACCUUGGUGGCUCGUUGGAGUACGACCACGUGGAGUGGACCGAGCUGCGUCUGGGUCUGGAGGAAUUCACAGGGGCCGCCACGCAACUGCUGGCCCAGCUGGAGCAGCUGGAGGCCGGACUGAACCGCAUACCGGAGCCACAGGAUAUCGAUGAGGCCCGCAAACUUCUGGAGGAACACGGUCGUCUCCGUAACACCAUGGCAACGGCCCCUGUCGACUCCCUGGAGCGAGAGGGGAGGAGCUUGCUCCAGCGCAUGCGCCUGGGCCCCUCUCAAGGCGACGCCCCUACCGAAGGUGGCGGUAGUCACGGCAGCUGGCUGUCGGGCGGGGCGGACUUCCAGAGCGUCGCGCCGAAGGUCUCGUCUCUGCUGGACCGGCUGCAGGCGGCCCGCGGUCACCUGCUGCAGAGCUGGAGCGACAGGAAGCUGCACCUGGACCAGGCGCUGCAGCUGCACCUGUUUGAGCAGGACGCCACCAAGAUGUCCCAGUGGAUCGCUCACAGUAAAGACUUGUUCCUUCAGACCCUGGUGGACGUGGGCCAGAACAACCAGCACGGCCUGGACCUGCAGACCCAGCACCAGCACUUCACUGCCAACUGCAUGAACGGCAGCGUGAACGUGGACAGUGUGGUCACCGUGGCAUCCCGGCUGGCGGAGGCCGGUCACUACGGCGCCGAGCGGAUCGCCGCGGUGUCGUCACGGUUACAGGAUGACUGGAAGACCCUGACGACAGCGCUGGAGGAGCGCGGCAACACGCUCGCCAUGGCAACCGGCUUCCACCAGGGGGCGGAGCAGUUCCUGCUCAGAGUGGAGAGUUGGGUUCAGGUGUGCUCUGAAGGGCCGUUGCCAUCGGCGACAGCAGAGCUGGAAGCCGCGACAAAGAAACACCAGGAAGUGAACGAGGAGAUCUGUGCUUCCUACACACAGGUCAGUGAGAGCGGUAAAGCCUUAAUGGACGUUCUCCAGGGUUGCCCGGCGACCGACUCUGACAACUCUGCGACCAAACCGGACUUUCCCGCCGCCACGCACGGCAUCAUGGGAGUUCUGCACCAGGUCAUGCAGGGUCAUCAUGAGGUGGAGGGGGCGUGGCAGCACCGUAAACUCCGCCUCCACCAGCGCCUGCAACUGUGUGUGUUUCAACAGGAUGUCAGACAGGUGUUGGACUGGGUGGAGCAGCACGGCGAGGUUUUCCUCAACAAACACAGCGGCGUCGGGAAGUCUCUGCACCGAGCUCGUGCCCUGCAGAAACGCCACGACGACUUCCAGCAGGUUGCACAGAACACUUACACUAAUGCAGAGAAGCUUCUGGAAGCAGCAGACCAGCUGGCUCAGUCUGGAGAAUGUGAGGAGGAGGAGAUCUACCAGGCAGCCAGAGACCUGGAGCUCCGCAUGCAGGCGUUCAUACAGAGAGUUGAACAGAGGAAGCUGCUGCUGGACCUCGCUGUGUCCUUCUACACACACACCAAGGAGCUCUCAGUGUGGAUGGAGGGCCUCCAGAAGCAGCUCUCCUCAGACCUUUGUGUUUGUCCCGACACCGUUGAGGCUCUUCAGGCUCUGAUCAGCCAGCAGCAGCAGCAGCAGGCGAACACACAGGAAGCUGCAAUGAGUGUCAUCCGGGAAGGAGAGGACCUCAUCCUGCAACUCAGGCCUCAGGGCAGCUCGGUGGCCCAGGUGGAGACAGUGCUGCAGCAGCUGGAGGAGUCUCACGUUCAGCUGGAGGAACUUUUCCAUCAGAGGAAGAUCCGAUUGGAUGUCUACCUGCAGUUCCGCAUCCUGCAGCAGUGCACUCUGGAGGUAACGGGGGAGAUGGACGCCUGGAAGCAGGACCUCCAGAAACAGUCCCAGGACUUCUCAGCAGAGAAGUUGGCGUCGUCGCGGCUAGCCGAGGCGAACCAGGACAAGCUAACGUUGGGCCAGUCGCGGCUGGUGGAGACACCUGAGAUGCUAACGCUAGCACAGCAGCGCAUCCACAGGCACAUGGAACGGAGGCUUGCUAUGAAUAACAUGAUCUAUGAGGUCAUCCAGCAAGGUCACGACCUUCAGCAGUACAUCACUGAGGUUCAGGCCUCAGGUAUCGAGCUGUCAGAGGCGGAGGGGAGUCUCUCCACUCAGGUGGAGGAGCUGCAGCGCCUCCUGCAGGACAAACAGAAGGAGCUGCAGCAGAUUGCAGAUCACACACACACACACCUGGAGCAGAACCUGCAGCUGAGACACCUGCAGACCCAGGUCAAGCAGGUGCUGGGCUGGAUCUCGGAGGGCGAGGUCAUGCUGUCGUCCUGCAUGUUGAACUCCAGCUGUCUGUCUGAAGCUGAGCAGCUGCAGCGGGAACACGAGCGCCUCCAGCAGGCCAUCGAGGCGCUGCUCCACGCCGACUCCCUGCAGAGGACCCACCAGGUGGCUCUGGCUCUGCAGCAGAGGGCGGAGCUACUGGUCAGGUCAGGUCACUAUGACCCGGAUGCAGUGAGGUCUUGUGCCCAGACGGUGGCGCUGCACUGGCAAACUCUGAUGCUGAGGAUCGAGGACCGGCUCAAGCUGGUCAACGCCUCGGCAGCUUUCUACAGGACAUCCCAGCAGGUGUGCGGGGUGCUGGAGAGUCUGGAGCAGGAGUACCGGAGGGAGGAGGACUGGUGUGGAGGUGGCGAGAGGCAGCCGGAGCUUCUCCUGCCGCUGGUCAGCAAGCACAUGGAGCAGAAGGAGGCGUUCCUGAAGGCCUGCACUCUGGCCCGGAGGAACGCCGAGGUCUUCCUCAAAUACAUCCACCGCAACAGCGCCACCAUGGCCAACAUCUCGGGCCACGGCGUGACGGGGCUCCCCGAGGUCACGGGGCACUCCAGGGUCCCAGAGCAGCAGGUCAAAGGUAUCCUCAGUGAGCUGCUCCAGAGGGAGAACCGAGUUCUUCACUUCUGGACCUUGAAGAAGCGCCGACUGGACCAGUGCCAGCAGUACCUGAUGUUUCAGAGCCACGCACAGCAGGCUCUGGAUUGGCUGCAGCAGUCAGGUGACCUCUACCUGGCCACGCACACCUCUCCGGGGGGGAACGUGUCCGAGACUCAAGAACUGCUGACUCAGCACCGAGAGUUCUGUGUGUCGGCCAAGCACACACAGGAAAAGGUUCACCUCCUCAUCCAAUUGGCCGAGAGCAUGCUGGCCAAAGGCCACGCCCACCGCGCCGAGCUGCGCCGCUGCGUGUCGGCGGUGGACAAACGUUACCGAGACUUCACCGUCCGGAUGGGCCAGCAGCGCCACCUGCUGGAGGCGGCGCUGGGAGGCUGCGCGCAGGACAAUAAGGACUUGGAGUUGGAGCUGAUCCCCAACAGCCUGUCGGACUCCGACCCCGAGGUCAACCUGUCCGACCCGAGUCAGCAGGUCAGCGACGAGAAGCGGCGCUCGGCCCGCAAGAAAGAGUACAUCAUGGCCGAGCUGCUUCAAACGGAAAGAGUCUACGUCAGAGACCUGCAGGAGUGUAUUGAGACGUACCUGUGGGAGAUGACGAGCGGCUCAGAGGACGUCCCACCUGGUCUCAGCAGCCGGGACGACACGGUGUUCGGGAACAUCCAGGACCUCUACGAGUUCCACAACAGUAUUUUCCUGAAGGAGCUGGAAAACUACGAGCAGCUUCCUGAGGAUGUGGGACACUGUUUUGUUACCUGGGCGGAUAAGUUCCACAUGUAUGUGACGUACUGCAGAAACAAGCCCGACUCCAGUCUGCUGAUCCAGCAGCACGGAGCGGGCUUCUUCCAGGAGGUCCAGAGGAGACACGGUCUGACCAACUCCAUCUCAUCCGCGCUCAUCAAACCAGUCCAGAGGAUCACCAAAUACCAGCUGCUGCUCAAGGAGCUCCUGGCGUGCUGCGAGGAGGGGAAGGGCGAGAUCAAAGAAGGCCUGGACGUGAUGCUGAGCGUCCCCAAGAGAGCCAACGACGCGAUGCAUGUGAGCAUGCUGGAAGGUCUGGAGGAGGGUCUGGAGGUGCAGGGGGAGCUCCUACUCCAGGACUCCUUCCUGGUCUGGGAGCCAAAGUCUCUGAUCAGGAAGGGGCGGGACCGGCACCUCUUCCUGUUCGAGCUGUCACUCAUCUUCAGCAAGGAGAUCAAGGACUCGUCGGGACGAAUCAAAUAUCUCUACAAGAGCCGACUGAGGACCUCAGAGCUCGGGGUGACGGAGCACAUCGAGGGGGAUCCCUGUAAGUUCGCUCUGUGGGUCGGACGGACGCCGACCUCCGACAACAAGACGGUCCUGAAGGCGUCGUCUCUGGAGCUGAAGCAGGAGUGGGUCCGCAGCAUCCGACAGGUGAUCCAGGAGAGGCGGGGCCACCUGCGGGGGGCGCUGCGGGAGCCCAUCCCCCUCCCCAAAACACCAAACCCCACCCUGGGGCGACAGCGCAGCAUCAGUCGCAGGGAGACGAGCGAAGACGCCGACAGUCUGGGAGACGCCAGCAGCCAACCAGACACGGUCUCCAUUGCAUCCAGGACCUCCCAGAACAGUGACAAGCUGUCGGGAGGCUGUGAGUUAGUGGUGGUGUUGUUGGAUUUCGCCUCCUGUGGACCUGGAGAGCUCGGUGUCCGCUGUGGUCAGACGGUGGAGCUGGUGGAGCGCUCGGCCGAACGGCCCGGGUGGUGUCUGGUCAGAACAACGGAUCAAACGCCCCAGCAGGAGGGUCUCCUGCCGAUGAGCGCCCUCUGUCUGUCCCACUCCCACAGUGCAGCCGACAUGGAGGGGCUCAUCCCGGCUUCUACCUCCUCCUCCGGCACCUCUUCCACGAGCACCACCACCUCCUCCUCCUUCAACUCCUCCUCCACCACCACCACCACCUCCUCCUCUAACGCUUCCAACUCCUCCUCCAAUGCUGGGAGAGACCCCGGCGUGUUCGGCUCCGACGGGCUUCAGACAUCCAGCCAAAGUACCGCCUUCCCCGGAGUACCAUACGGAGUGGGCGGGGCCUCGGCGGGCGCCGUUGGCUCCCCGGGGCCGAAGCGCAGCGGCUCCGGGACCGGAAACACCCUGAAGCGCUGGCUGACCAGUCCCGUCCGGCGGCUGAGUCAGGGGAAGGCUGACGGGCAGAAGAAACCGCCAAUCAGAACCAGGAGGCGGGACAAUAGGACCGAGGUGGCCACGCCCCUCACCGGCAACUCGCAGGCGAAGGCGAGGAAGGAGGAGGCGGGGCAUAGCGGAGGGGAGGAGGAGCAAGAGGAGGAGAGCCACACCCCUUUACCUCCUCCCAUGCAGAUCAUCAAGGAUCCAAACAACCCCGAGGCUCUGGACUCGGAUCAGGGCUCCAACGAGUCGGACACGGAGCAGAGGAACAAAGCGCUGAGAGGACGCAUGUUCGUGGUGAGCGAGAUGAUCCAAUCAGAGAAGGACUACGUGAAGGACCUGGCCGUGAUCGUGGAGGGCUUCAUGUCCAGGCUGGAGGUCCGAGGGAUCCCAGAAGACAUGAGAGGAAAAGACAAGAUCGUCUUCGGGAACAUUCAGCAGAUCUACGACUGGCACCGCGACUUCUUCCUGGUGGAGUUGGACCGCUGCCUCCAGAACCACGACCUGCUGGCCGACCUCUUCAUCAGACACGAGCGACGCCUCCACAUGUACGUGGUCUACUGCCAGAACAAGCCAAGGUCAGAGUUCAUCGUCAUCGAGUACGAGACCUUCUUCGAGGACAUCCAGAAUGAGAUCAGCUGCAGGAUGUCAAUCAGUGAUUAUCUGAUCAAACCCAUCCAGAGAAUCACCAAAUACCAGCUGCUGCUGAAGGAUUUUCUUAAGUACACAUCCAAAGCCGGACUCGACUGUGAAGAGAUCGAGAAAGCGGUGGAGCUGAUGUUGUUGGUGCCGAAGCGCUGCAACGACAUGAUGAACCUGGGACGCCUGCAGGGAUACGAGGGGAAGCUGACCUCUCAGGGGAAGCUGCUGCAGCAGGAGACCUUCUGUGUGUGGGAGCAGGACGGAGGAGUUCUGUCUCGCAGUAAAGAGCGAAGAGUCUUCCUGUUCGAGCAGAUCGUCAUCUUCAGCGAACUGCUGCGCAAAGGCUCCAACAACCCGGGGUACCAGUUCAAGAACAGCAUCAAGGUGAGUUACCUGGCGAUGCAGGACAGCGUGGACGGGGACCCCUGUAAGUUUGUGUUGUGGUCUCGUGGCUCGGCAGAGCGCUUCACGCUGCAGGCAUCCUCCGCCAGCAUCAAGAUGACCUGGGUGGAGACCAUCGCCACCCUGCUGGACGUGCAGAACAACUUCCUUUCCGCUCUCCAGUCUCCCAUUGAGUACCAGAGGAAAGAGGGCGGGAUAUCGGUGACCCGCCCUUUGUCGUCAGGGCGACCGCCGUCAGCCCCGCCCACGCCCAACGGCCACGCCCUUCAGCCUCCUGACGGCGAGCAGGACGACCAGGAGCUGGUUCUGGUGCUGCAGGACUUCACGGCGGUUCGGGAGGACGAGAUCUCCGUGUUUCGGGGCGAGAAGGUUCAGAUUCUGGCGUCCAACCAGCAGGGUCAGAGUCUGGUGUACCGGCCGGCCAACAGCGACUCUCCGGCCGCCGAGGGCUGGGUGGCACGCAGCGCGCUCCACACACAAUAGUACACAACAACACACCCACAGUACACAAAUACUGCAAGGUAACAGGGUCAGAGGCAUUCUGGGAAACGGAGACGGAGCCUCAAAGGUGGAGGUGUCAGACAGUUAUUCUCUCAAACUCACAUAAAACAGUAAAUAUUGGGAUUGUUACGUAAUUGAUAAAUCACCUGAAUCACACACACACACACACAGCAGCAGGCACUGUUAGUCUCCUCCCUCCUGGGUCAACCAAAACACGCCUCCGUCCUCACCUCGUCCAAUCAGACGUCCAGUUUACUGAAAACCGACUCCCACUGUCACAAAGUGUCCGUGGGGGGGAAGUCACAUGACCACAUCAUCUUCAUCACCGACGACGAAGACGACAAACUGUGAUUCCAGGAAGCUGAGACCGGAGAUGAUUUAAAAAAAAGUUUAAAAAAUAAUAAUAAUAAAUAAAAGCCUCCUGGAAGAGAAGAGGUGAAAAAGACCCGUCAGCCAAUCAGAUCUGACCUCUCGCUCUCACCUUGUUAAUAGUGUGUAUAAACAGACUGAAAAGACACACACACUCCACACACACCCCACUGCUCUGAUGAUGAUUAAGUAUGGUGAUUAUGAUCAGAAUAAUAUAAGCUGUUUUUCACCUCAAUUAGAAAACAAGAGAAACUGUCAUAUUGUUUGUAUGUGUGUGUGUGAGAGAGAAUGUGUGUGUGUGUGUGUGUGUGUGACCAUGGACAGUUAGGUCGUGUAGCGUUGCCAUGAAGACUCGUGUUUGCGGUGACACCAGUUUUUUUGUCUUUUUAGCGAACCAGAGCUGCUUCCUUCCCUCCUUAUCUCCUUCCCUCCUUAUCUCCUUCCCUUCCUCCCCCUUGUGUGCAUGCAGCUCUGGUUAGUUUGGAUAUUAUGCAUUUCUUGUUCCUGUAUAUAGACCAGACCUCCAACUCCUCCACUAACUCUGGACACUGAAAACAGAACGACAUCUCUCUCUCUCUCUCUCUCUCUCUCUCUCUCUCUCUCUCU